AUGGCUCAACCAACAUACCAACCCAUAAUAACCUCAGACGAAGACAAACCCUCCGCUUUUAAACGGAGAGCAAUCUACCUCCGCCCCUUCUUCCUCUUCUGGCUCAACUCCCUCAUCUUCGAAGUCGUCAUGCUCAUAGUCAGCAUCCUCGUCUUCUCCGGUUGGCGCGACAUGUUCCAGAAGUUCAUGUGGACCAUCGUCUUCUGCCCGCUGGGCAUGGGCGGCGCCAUGGGCGGCCUGAUCAACGCCUUCGUCGUCGACCGCAUGUACGGCGCCAGGGCGGUGCACCUCGUCGCGAUCCUGAGCGUCUUGGUGCUCGGGGCCUGCAACGACCUGUGUUACAACCUCGACCUGACCUUCGGAUGGUUCGGUGCGAGGGAUCACUUUUGGUGGUGGCACUGGCGGUAUUUGCUGGUCUGGUUCGUGGGAUAUACGAAUGGGAAGUUGAUGUUUACGGACGAGGGACAGGAGAAGCUUGCUACUUGGGGUGUCUAG